AUGCCCAAAGAACUACCCUCGUCACUCCGCUUCACCAAUAGCGGAAUUUUCGAAUGGGUCAAACACCACUUUUGGCGGAUAACCUGGCACAAGAGCACUGUCAAUAAGACGAAAGGGAUGGCAGUGGUGAUGAUGGUGCUAGUAGGAACAGUACUGGGCGAAGACCACCUGGAGGAUGGCGGGAACCAGCAGGCCGGGCUUUACCCCCUCCUGAUGGCAGAACGGUAUGGCAUCAAUGUUCCAAGUGGGCUACCGUACUACCCUAGAGUUCGGUCAAAGGGAUGGCUACUGGCACAUGAAAAUACUGGUACAACCUCAUUGGAAGCCUUCCCAUCCAUAUUGCUUGAGGAAUGGGUUGUCACUCGCCCCGUCCCAGCUACACAGCUGCCAGUCACGAUCUCGAGCAGUGCAUGGUGCCAGCUCACAAUGACCACCUGGGUGGUGGCAUUGAGCUGGUCAUUCGAGGGCUGGGGUCCAAUACCCAGCAGCACAGUCAUGGGACCAGGAUGGGUCCGGACGGACCCAGAUGAGUGGUGCCGGAGCUUCCUGAUUCCAGACCUUCGGAACCGCAGAGCUCGAGUGGGAGUCAUGAAGGGUAGGCCCCAGCAGCUCACAAGACAAAUUGGUCUUAGAACUACUGUCGAGAGAAAUGCGCCCAGCUGA